AUUCCCAGACAACUUUUUCCCACAACAAAGUCCUUUACUACAACCUUCUGGGAUCGAAAUCCCAGAUGGGUUUUCUGAGCCAGCCCCUGUUUCUCACUCUGUUUCUGUUUUCACACCAAACAAUUAUGGCUUACCAAUACUACAAUACCAGUACUGCACCCUCUUCUACUUCUUCUUCUAUAGGUAGAAAGCUUGCCAGUGGUUGCAAUUUUUUCCAAGGCAAAUGGGUAUACGAUGCUUCCUAUCCAUUGUACGAUUACUCAAGCUGUCCCUUCAUAGAUCCAGAAUUCAAUUGCCAAAAGUACAAUAGGCCUGAUAAACUGUACCAGAAAUACAGGUGGCAGCCCUUCUCGUGUAACUUGCCAAGGUUUAAUGGGAAGGAUUUUUUGGAGAGGUGGAGAGGGAAAAAAAUCAUGUUUGUGGGCGACUCACUGAGUGUGAACAUGUGGGAGUCAUUGAGUUGCAUGAUUCAUUCAUGGGUCCCAAAUUCUAAGACAGCAUUCAUCAGAAAAGGCUCACUUGGUUCCGUUACAUUUGAGGAUUAUGGAGUCAAGUUACUACUAUAUCACACUACAUAUCUUGUAGAUAUAGUAAAUGAACAAGCGGGUCGGAUUUUGAAGCUGGACUCUAUUCAAAAUGGCAAUGCUUGGAGAGGCAUGGACGUGUUGAUCUUUAACUCAUGGCAUUGGUGGACUCACACCGGAAGUUCUCAACCAUGGGACUACAUGCAAGAGGGGAAUAUAUUGUACAAAGACAUGAACCGUCUUAUUGCUUUCUACAAAGGCAUGACCACAUGGGCCAGAUGGGUCAACCGAAAUGUUGACCCUUCCAAAACCAAAGUUUUCUUCCAGGGUAUCUCUCCCACCCAUUACGAAGGCAAGGAUUGGAAUGAACCAUCAAAUUCAUAUUCCGGGGAGAUGCAACCGUUGUUUGGAACCAAGUACCCAGCAGGCACACCGAUGGCUGCAGUGGUUGUGAACAAGGUCUUGAGCCAAAUCAAGAAACCAGUUUAUUUGCUCGACAUCACCACCCUCUCCCAGUACGGAAAGGACGCUCACCCGAAGGUUUACAGUGGCAACCACAACGGGUUGGAUUGCAGCCACUGGUGCCUUCCGGGGUUACCGGAUACUUGGAACCCGCUGCUCUAUGCAGCUCUCAUUAGCUGGAAAAUAUGUCAUACUUUACAAGGAUUUGUGUUGAUUUUAUAUAACUUCCUGGGAAGAAAAUGUAUCAUUGUUUUGAUGAUUGAAUUUGGUUCCGAGUAUAAAUUACUAUACUUUUUGGAUGUUAAUUACUUAAUUUAAUUGAUGGCAUGCACUUUGAUUGGAGAGU